AUGCCCGCCCUGGCGCGCCUCCGCAGGCUGGGUCGGCACGUGUCCCCACAGGCCAUCUUCUUCCUGCUGUUUGUCUUCUGCGUGUUCAGCGUGUUCGUCUCCGCCUACUACCUAUAUGGCUGGAAGCGGGGCCUGGAGCCCUCGGCAGACGCCCCCGAGCCUGACUGUGGGGACCCGCCCCCCGUCGCCCCCAGCCGCCUGCUGCCGCUCAAGCCCGUGCAGGCGGCCGCCCCCUCCCGCACGGACCCGCUGGUGCUGGUGUUUGUGGAGAGCCUCUACUCCCAGCUGGGCCAGGAGGUGGUGGCCAUCCUGGAGUCAAGCCGCUUUAAGUACCGCACAGAGAUCGCCCCGGGCAAGGGGGACAUGCCCACACUCACCGACAAGGGCCGCGGCCGCUUCGCCCUCAUCAUCUACGAGAACAUCCUCAAGUACGUGAACCUGGACGCCUGGAACCGGGAGCUGCUGGACAAGUACUGCGUGGCCUACGGCGUGGGCAUCAUCGGCUUCUUCAAGGCCAACGAGAACAGCCUGCUGAGCGCACAGCUCAAAGGCUUCCCCCUGCACCUGCACUCAAACCUGGCCCUGAAGGACUGCAGCAUCAACCCCAGGUCCCCGCUGCUCUACGUGACGCGGCCCAGCGAGGUGGAGAAGGGCGUGCUGCCCGGUGAGGACUGGACCGUGUUCCAGUCCAACCACUCCACCUACGAGCCGGUGCUGCAGGCCAAGACGCUCUCCUCCGGCUCCAUCCCGAACCUGAGCUCGGACGCCAACCUGCACGCCUCGCUGCACACCACGGUGGUCCAGGACCUGGGCCUCCACGACGGCAUCCAGCGCGUGCUCUUCGGCAACAACCUCAACUUCUGGCUGCACAAGCUCGUCUUCGUGGACGCCGUGGCCUUCCUCACCGGCAAGCGCCUCUCGCUGCCCUUGGACCGCUACAUCCUGGUGGAUAUCGAUGACAUCUUCGUGGGCAAGGAGGGCACGCGCAUGAAGGUGGAGGACGUGAAGGCCCUGUUUGAUACACAGAAUGAACUACGCACACACAUCCCAAACUUCACCUUCAACCUGGGCUACUCAGGGAAAUUCUUCCACACAGGUACUGACGCCGAGGACGCCGGGGACGACCUGCUGCUGUCCUACGUGCAGGAGUUCUGGUGGUUCCCCCACAUGUGGAGCCACAUGCAGCCCCACCUUUUCCACAACCAGUCCGUGCUGGCUGAGCAGAUGGCCCUGAACAAGAAGUUCGCUGUCGAGCACGGCAUUCCCACAGACAUGGGGUACGCAGUGGCGCCCCACCACUCGGGCGUGUACCCUGUGCACGUGCAGCUGUACGAGGCCUGGAAGCAGGUGUGGAACAUCCGAGUGACCAGCACGGAGGAGUACCCCCACCUGAAGCCGGCCCGCUACCGCCGUGGCUUCGUCCACAACGGCAUCAUGGUCCUCCCACGGCAGACCUGCGGCCUCUUCACACACACCAUCUUCUACAGCGAGUACCCUGGAGGCUCCAGCGAGCUGGACAAGAUCAUCAACGGGGGCGAGCUCUUCCUCACCGUGCUCCUCAAUCCCAUCAGCAUCUUCAUGACGCACCUGUCCAACUACGGGAACGACCGCCUGGGCCUGUACACCUUCAAGCACCUGGUGCGCUUCCUGCACUCGUGGACCAACCUCCGGCUGCAGACGCUGCCCCCCGUGCAGCUGGCCCAGAAGUACUUCCAGAUCUUCUCCGAAGAGAAGGACCCGCUCUGGCAGGACCCUUGUGAAGACAAACGCCACAAAGACAUCUGGUCCAAGGAGAAGACGUGUGACCGCUUCCCCAAACUCCUCAUCAUUGGCCCCCAGAAAACAGGCACCACGGCCCUCUACCUGUUCCUGGGCAUGCACCCCGACCUCAGCAGCAACUACCCCAGCUCGGAGACCUUCGAGGAGAUCCAGUUUUUUAAUGGCCACAACUAUCACAAAGGCAUCGACUGGUACAUGGAGUUCUUCCCCAUCCCCUCCAACACCACCUCUGACUUCUACUUUGAGAAAAGCGCCAACUACUUUGACUCGGAAGUGGCGCCCCGGCGGGCAGCCGCCCUGUUGCCCAAAGCCAAGGUCCUGACCAUCCUCAUCAACCCAGCGGACCGGGCCUAUUCCUGGUACCAGCACCAGCGAGCCCACGAUGACCCCGUGGCCCUGAAGUACACCUUCCACGAGGUGAUCACAGCCGGGCCCGACGCGUCCUUAAAGCUGCGCGCCCUGCAGAGCCGCUGCCUGGUGCCCGGCUGGUACGCCACCCACAUCGAGCGCUGGCUCAGCGCCUUUCACGCCAACCAGAUUCUGGUCUUGGACGGCAAACUGCUGAGAACAGAACCUGCCAAAGUGAUGGAGACCGUGCAGAAGUUCCUCGGGGUGACCAACACCAUUGACUACCACAAAGCCUUGGUGUUUGAUCCAAAGAAAGGAUUUUGGUGCCAACUGCUCGAAGGAGGAAAAACCAAGUGUCUGGGCAAAAGCAAGGGCCGGAAAUACCCGGAGAUGGACUUGGACUCCCGCGCCUUCCUGAAGGACUAUUACCGGGACCACAACAUCGAGCUCUCCAAGCUGCUGUACAAGAUGGGCCAGACACUGCCCACCUGGCUGCGGGAGGACCUCCAGAACACCAGGUAG